AUGUCAGCGAAAGCGCUGCUUGCGAGCGCUCGUAAAACUGGUGGUAUGCCGGACGAAGUUACUUUUCGGCAGGAGGUUAUGAGAGGGAUUGCUGUCAACACCUUCGAAACGUGCGCCAUUUGUCCCGAACUGCCACGCGUGUUCCCGUCGUCAACCCCCGAUCGAAAUGAGCGCGGGCGUACGGUUUUCUUCGUGGGGGCGAUGGAUAGAUGGGGGCUGGAGGUGGUGGUAGAUGGCCUGGACAGCCAAGACUAUACGUCGGGAUUCGCCACGGGCGGGCGUUAUGCCGCGCUUGAAGCCGAUGACUACGCGCUGCUGAAGGAGAAGGUGAUCACGGUGUUCUUCAAGUUGGGAGACUUCUCCAGGUGCCAGUGCGUUCUUGGCAUGAACGAGACGCGGCGUGAUAUUAACCUGGGCUGA